AUGAAUGGAAGCCUGUUCAUCAAGCUCAACAUGGAAGAAAGGGAAAGAAGGGAGGAAAGAAGAGGGAAGAAGGGGAGAGAGAGGGGAGGGGAGAGAAAAAGGAAAAAGAGAAGGAGAAGAGGAGGGGAAAGGGAGAAAAGGAAAAAAGGGAAGGGAGGGGAGAGGAGGGAGGGGGAAGAAGAGAAAGAGGGCAAGGGCAAAAGGCAGGGGAGGGGAGAGGAGAAGGAGAAGGGAGAGAGGAGGAGAGGGGAGAGGAAAGGAAGGGGGAAAGAAGGGAGAAGAGAGAAGGGAAGGAAGAAAGAGGAAGAGGAGGGAGGGAGAAGGGAAAAAGAGGAAAAAGAAAAAGAAGAAACACCAAACCGCAACAAACGAAAGCCCACCACACAACCAAAAACCCAAGGCGCGCGGCCGACCACAAAGGUGCACAGAACCCAGGGCCAAACCACCGCAAAAAAAACAAAAAAACCACAAACAAACAACAAAAAACCAAACAAAAAAAAGAAAAACAAAACAAAAACACGAAAAAGACCAAGAGAGCACACCCCGCCCACCAGAGGGCACGGAAAAGAAAAGGAAAAACGAACAACCGCCCCGCGAAAGAAGACCAAAACCGGGAAACCCAACAAGGAGGAGCCCCACAACGACAAGCCACACCCCGGCCCGGAACCGAACAAAAAGAAAAACAGCGCCCAGGGCACAGGGCGAAGGCACAAACAGGGAGGGGGGCAGGAGGGCCCGCACCCAGGGAAACAACAACCGAAACCAACGCCCACAACAAAGACAAGAAAAAGCACGAAAGAAGAAAAAGGAACCAAAGGACAACAAACACACCACGCGAAAACCCCGGGACGGCCGCAGCCCGGCGCAAAAAGCACACCGACAACAGGGCGGGGGGCAGCGAAAAGAAGCGGAAAAGCGAGGCCCCCCAAAAAGAAAAGCGCGCACAAGCACCAAGGGGCGGCGCACCCAGGGACCCACACCAGCCCAAGGGGAACCGCAAACAACCCCAGGCCGCGAACCCCCGAAAAGCGCCGAACAAAAAACAGCGCACAGGCCGCACAACCACAAGGCCAAAAAGCGCCAAACAACAAAACAAGCGCCAAAGACCACAGCCCAAGCCCCCACACAGCAGACCCGCACGGCCAGCAGGGGCGCAGACAAAACGCCAAACAACGGGGAACCACAACCGGGAGGCCGCAAACCCCAAAAACGGAACACCCCCACAAACAAAGGAAAAAGAAGCCCGAAGACCCGGGAAACACGGGAACACGACGGGGGAAAAAAGAACAGGAAAACAGCACACGAGGAGAAAGGAAAGCAACGCCAGACACAAAAGAACAACCGCAGACCGAGCAAGGCCAAACAGCGGAAGAGCGAAACAACAAACACACCCACGGGCGCAAAGAAAACCGACGCGAAAGGGGAAAGACCACACGGGGCGAGCCGGGUACAGAAGGGAGGGGGACGAGAAGGGGCGCGGGGGGCAACCACAACAGAAGCAGGCAGAGACGCACGGGGAGAAGGGACAAAGGAGAACGCAGCCAACGAGGGAAAAACAGGAAGGCCAAGGACAAGAAGGGACGGAACGACGGGAAGGCCGCCCCGGGGGAGGACAAACAAACACGCACACAACGAACACCAAAGCGGGCAGGAAACAAAGACCAGAAACGAAAGAAAGAGGAAAACAGGACCACGGCGGAGCCCCCACGAGCACCGAGCCCAAACCCAACCCCGGGGCGAGGGACAAGGAGCCCACGACCACAACCACGGCACGCGCACAAAGCAACGCAACAGGCAAACGCAAGCCCCGACACAGAACGCAGCAAGACCACCCAGGACACACCGCGGGCAGCCGCGGCCCGGCGCGGGGCCCCCCCACCCCCCACACCCGCCCACCCCGCGGCCCCCGCGGCCCCCGGGGCGCCGCCCCGGCGGACACGAGACCACGAGCACCGGGACAACAGGGCCGGAAGCCCGAAGAGAAAGGCCCAACGGCGGUUGCCACACCAGCGAAACAAAACAACCCCACCACCAGCACGCGGAGCGGACCGACAACCAAACGAACCAACAACCGCCCACACCACCCGCCGCCGAGCACCACAACACAAAGCCGGGCCAGCACCCGCCCCGACGAACAAACGCCGACGCCACCGACACCACAACCGGCCAGGCCCGCGCGAGCCGCGCGGGACCCAGACGGACCGGACCGCCCGCAGACCCCACAGGCGGGGCCCCGCCCAGCCCCCCCAAAGAACACGGACCGGGACACCACACACCGCACCCGACGCAAGAGCACGAGCCGCGCGCAACCACGCAGCCCGACCCCCGGCCAGACAACCGCACACACGGGACAGGAAACAGCGGGGGGCCCAGAAGGACCAGCCGGCAAAAAAAAGGAGCCCGGGCAGGCCGCACGGACCAAGCCGCAAACACAAAGCGAAGGACGAACCAGGAAAAAACACAAGAAAAACAGGGGGCGGGCACACGGGCCCCGGCGCCCCAACGGAACAAACCGGGCGGAGAGGCCGCGACCAGCGGCACCACCACCCCCCCGCGCCCGCCCGGUCCCCACCCCCCGCCCCCGCCCCCGCGGUGACAAGGGGCCGAAAGCGGAGAACCAAGGAAAAAACCGGCCCACAGGCCGGAGAGACCGGGGGGCCCAGGGAACAACACAGGGGGAAGCGGAGGCGGGGAACGGACACCCAGGCCCCGCGCCGAAGGGGGGAAGGGACGGGCCGAGAGAAGACAUGA